CUUCUCUUAAUCAUUCUCCUAGUUUAAUUACUCACUUAUCACUUUUGAUUUCUUAUAUAGCUACUCUCUGAUUUAAAGUCAGAGCACCUUUUUCUCCAGCCAGUGUCUUUGACCCGUCGCAGUUAUAUUGCCCUCAAGUUCAAAUUCCAGUCUAUUACUCUUCGUUAUUUCCAACUUUUUUCCUUAAUUUUGUGUCUAUUGUUUUUCUCAAUAUUAAAAAGGGGAACUUGGGGUCAUUGGGUUGAUAUUUUUAAAUUGUAAUCAUACGUUUUCUUUCGGACAAUGAUCUUGUCACAAAAAGAAUGCAAUCAACGUGAGUUGCAAUCUUUUCUUAAGAACAAAUCAAGUGUCGAGAAAAGUUUCUAUUUCUGGAUUUUCAAAAUAUUGAGUAGAUUUGAUCGCUAAAUCUCUCCUGUCACAAGCAACAAGUGUGAAGCAUGCAAAUGGGAAGUUCUUGUUUACCUCCUGGAUUUAGAUUUCAUCCAACUGAUGAAGAGCUCAUAGGCUAUUACUUGAGUAGAAAAGUCGAAGGUCUCGAGAUUGAACUUGAAGUCAUUCCUGUUAUCGAUUUAUACAAAUUCGAUCCUUGGGAGUUACCAGAUAAAUCGUUUCUACCCAAUAGAGAUAUGGAAUGGUUCUUUUUCUGUCCAAGAGACAAAAAAUAUCCAAAUGGUUCUCGAACCAAUAGGGCUACAAAAGCCGGUUAUUGGAAAGCAACUGGCAAAGACCGGAAAAUCACUUGUAAAUCAUCGGGUGCUAUAACAGGAUACCGUAAAACACUAGUUUUCUAUGAAGGUCGUGCCCCAUUGGGUAAUAGAACAAGCUGGUUUAUGCAUGAAUAUCGCCUUUGCGACGAUGAUUUUUCUCAAAAAUCACCAAAUUUUAAGGGAGCUUUUGUGUUAUGUCGUGUAGUCAAGAAGAACGGACUUAAGACCAAAAAUUUGAAAAACAAAAACGAACAAGCUAUUGGUUCAGGUUGCUCUAGCCUUGCGACCUCUCCAUGUCGAGAUGAAACGACUCAGUUUCAACCUUUCAAGCCUUCUUUAACUACAAACGAAUCUUCUAGCAUUUGGAUUUCUCCUGAUUACAUCCUUGAUUCCUCCAAGGAUUAUCCUCAAAUUCAAGAGGGUGCUGCUGAAUACCUUCCCAACUACCAUUUUCCAGUCAAUGGGGCGAACCACCAGAUGGGAUUUCCAGAGAGUUCUCAUUUGAACAUUGAUCAAUCAGUGCAAACCGGUUACUGGCCAAAUUAUGAAUACGACCAAACCGGUUCAUUCGAUUACUCAAACCUUUCCUAGGUAGAAGGAAAUGUGUGGGUCUCUUCAGGACAAAAACGCCUUUUAAUGUUGGAGUCCUCGAAGAAGAUAAAAUUGGUUUGUCACAAAUUUGGAGUCUUUUGCACUUUAUUUUUAGAAUACAAUUAUAUAUUGUUUUUUUUCCUUUUUGGUUUUGAUUUUACUUAUUGAUAUAUUGCAUGCUGUGGAAUGGCUUUUAUAUUCCUAAUUUGUAAUAUGAUAGUCUUAUUUUACGUUUCGAUAUAUUUGCAAAGAGAUUAAUGAUAUAUCUCCCAAUCAUUAAUUGAACAU